AUGGAGGAAGGGAAAAAAUGGCAGGAGGGAAGAUGAAAUGGACUAUAAAGAUGGUACAGAAAAGAUCAAUCUCACAUGUCUUUUGAGGAGCUACUGCGGGUGCAGAGUGAUGUGAGAACGAGAGUGUGCAAGCAGGUGACCGGUGGGAAGAAAACUGCAAAACCUACCAAAGCUACAGUGAAGCAGCAACAAGGCAAAAAGGGGCCAUUGGAGAUGUCUGCCAAGAAGCCUGUACCUUUUCUGCGACAAGUCGUCUCUGUUACAAAGAAGGUCCACAGAGACCCUCGAUUUGAUGACCUGUCUGGAGAGUAUAAGCCUGAAAUAUUUAUGAAGACAUACAGCUUCCUGGACAGCAUCAAGCAGCAGGAAAAGGAGAUGAUUCAGAAGCAGCUGAAAAAAUGCCGGAAUGCAGAGCAGAAGGAGAAACUGCAGCAGCUUCUGAACCGCAUGACACAGCAAGAACAGGCACAGAAAAAACAGCAGAAGUUGAGGGAGAGGGAGCUAUCUUUGAAGAGACAACAGAGGGAAUUGGCCAAGCAGGGAAAGAAACCCUUUUUCCUGAAGAAAUCUGAGAAGCGGAAAUUGGAGCUAGCCGAAAAGUAUGCAGAGCUGAAGAGGAGUGGAAAGCUGGAGAGCUUCCUGAACAAGAAAAGAAAGAGGAAUGCCAUCAAAGACAAGCGCCGUCUGCCCUCACAGAAGAACUUGUGAUGUGCUGUUGUCUGGCACCGGGACUCACUCUGCCCUGACCAGGCCUGGAAAAUGGGCAUCCCUCUUACCAGUACCUGCCUUUUGCUGUACAGUGAUGCUGUUAGGCAGCAGAGCAGAGGCUGAACUGAAGGGAAUAGUGCAUUUUGUAGCUGAAAUGUCCUCUUCACUUGUGGUUUGCACCAUGCCUGGGUGGUGACAAGUCUGUCAUGCAGAUGCACAUGGCGCUGACAGCUGUCUCUGUCCUUGUACCUGCUCAUCUCUUUCUCUAGCUCGAGAGCAUGAGCCCUACCCUGCAUUGCUGCCUCUACUCCAGGUCUUAUCAGACAUCAACUGAGGUGAGAAGGGACCUCAGGUGGGAGAGCUCUGGUACAACACCUGCUCAGAGCAGGGCUAGCACUGACUUCAGACCAGGUUGCCCAGGGCUUCUUCAGUUGGGUCUGGGAAUGUCCAAGGACAGACACAACCAUCUCUCUUGGCCUCUGCUCUCCUGCUUCAAGUUCUCAAGGUGAAACUUUUUUUUUUUCCCUCCUCAAGGACACCUGCUUGGUUUUAGUCCGUAGUCAUUCUAUGGUUCUCAGUGAAGUGCCUGGCUCCAUCUUCUCAGUAGCCUUGUCAUAGGUCUGGGGGGUAGGUGGGAAAGGGGUGCUGUUAGGUCUCCCCAAAGCCUUCUCUUCCUGAGGGUGAAUAAACCCUGUUCCCUCAGCCUUCCCUUGCAGUGCUCCAGCCCUUGACAACUUUCACAUCCUCAACUGGAGUCAGCCCAGAAGAACAACAUCUGUCUUCUGGGGGCCCAGCCUGGAUGCAGGACCUGGAUAUAGUCUCACAAGUGCUGAGUAAAGGAGAGAUGAUCACGCUCCUCUGUGUGGGCUGCACCCUCGUGACACAGCCCCUGGUGUGGCUGGCCUUCCUCGCAGCCGGGGCGUGCUGCUGACCGUGCUCAGGUACUGCUGCCAGCAAUCUCUGCAGCAGGGCUGCCUCUCUUCUUGACUUCUCAAGGUGGUCUCUACAGGGCUAUUCGUGCUUCCAGGAAACUGAUUCUGUAUGAAAUAAAAUACCUCCAUUUUCCUGA